UCACUCCACGCACACUCUCAGCUCUACACGACGUACGCCAAUUUACGCGCCAAAACUCAAACAACAGCUAACUAUAAAAUAUAAUAAAAGUCAAAGGGAAUACAAAAAAUCACACGCUAAAAUUUUGUCCCUCGUGUUAAUUUUUUUUUAUAAAAUUAAAAUGUCAAAUAAUUCGUUUUAUAAAAUCGUUAAAUUUAAAAAAUUGUGUUAAUUAUUUUUUUUUUUUCGAUACUAUCGACUGUUCAACUAGCCCCUGUCUUCUUUGUGUUUUCAAUAAUUUUCGACUACGGUACGCGUUAUGUAAUUUUUCAACCACAUUUUUUGGAAGAAGUAAUUAUUUUCAUUGAAAAUAGUACUUGCUUCCCUCUGUUGACGAUUCUCGUUAUUUUAUUGAUAAAUUGACAAAAAUUAAUAUAAUAUUAAUUUAACGUAAAAUUGGAAGUUAAAUGACGUAAUAUAGUAUGUUUAAGAAAAAUCCACGUGUCGAUAAUUUAUUUUUUCUGUGAAACUUUUACAAUUGUGAUAAAAUAAAUAAUAAAAUAAAUUAACAAACAAAUAAGUGUUCGUUUAUGUAAAUAAAAAAUAUAUAUAUCCAUAUUUAUAUAUGAUUUGAUUACCGAAAAGCCUUUUGUUCGCUAAAAAGUUGUAACCAAGAAGCGUUUAUAUUGGUAAAUCACUUCACUCAUUACAUAUCUAAUAACUGCCAAGCUGAUAACCAAUUUCUGGAACGCAUAAUUUCUACGAAUUCCGAAGGACCACAGAAAAAUACAUCGAUUUUCUAAAGCAAAACAGUUUUUAGAAAUAAAUCUUAAGAGCACAACGUAGAAAACUAUAAUAGCAACAUGAUGUUAUCUUGCGCACAAAUUAAUAAGCUACUCUACGCAAAUGCCACCGGCCCUAUAAGCGCCAUGGCACCGGCGUCUUCGAGUGCACCUCACUCGGACGUUGCGCCAUCUAGUGGUGCGCCAAGUGAAAUUUCUUCUGCUGAUAGUGACUGGAGUGACAUAAGAGCAAUUGCAUUAAAAUUAGGUGUGGCCAAUCCGGAUGACUUGCAUACGGAACGCUUUAAGGUCGAUCGUCAGAAGUUGGAGCAAAUGUUGAAAGAGGAAAGUCUCGUUGAGGGUAUGAAUGGCGCUGAGUAUUUCUUUGAAAGCGUUAUGAAAUCGACAGAAACCUAUAUUAGUUGGCCAUGUCGGCUAAAGAUUGGCGCUAAAAGUAAGAAGGAUCCUCAUGUUCGUAUUCUGGGACGUGUGGAGGAGGUUCAAAAGGCCAAAGAACGUAUUUUGGCAAAUUUGGAUUCAAGAGGUACACGCGUUAUUAUGAAAAUCGACGUCUCUUACACGGAUCACUCAUAUAUUAUUGGGCGAGGUGGUAAUAAUAUCAAACGCAUUAUGGAGGACACGGCAACACAUAUACAUUUCCCCGAUUCCAAUCGCUCAAACCCAACUGAGAAAUCCAAUCAAGUCUCCUUAUGUGGUUCACUUGAGGGAGUAGAACGUGCCCGCGCUUUGGUUCGUCUCUCAACACCAUUAUUAAUUUCGUUCGAGCUGCCCAUCCUUGCUCCGGGGCGACCACAGCCCGACCAUGAAACUCCGUAUGUAAAGAUGGUCGAAGCAAAAUAUAAUGUACAAGUAAUAUUUUCAUCUCGGCCUAAGCUACAUUCUUCGUUGGUGCUUGUCAAGGGCUCUGAGAAGGAAGCCAGUAAAGUACAAGAUGCAACGCAGCUAUUAAUUAAUUUCUCUUGCGAGAAUAUUGCUAAUCAAAUUUUGGUGCAAAUGCAAUUGGAGAUUUCACCUCAGCAUCAUGAAAUUGUUAAGGGCAAAAGUAACUCCAAUUUGCUUGGUAUCAUGGAGCGUACAAAGACUAAGAUAAUUUUUCCUGAUCUCUCGGACUUGAAUGUUAAACCAUUGAAAAAAUCUCAAGUGACCAUUACCGGGACUAUAGACGGGGUAUACAAGGCACGACAACAAUUACUUGGUAAUCUUCCGGUAGCUCUGAUAUUUGAUUUUCCGGACAACCAAAACAAUGCCACUGAAAUAAUAGCACUCAGCACCAAAUAUGGUGUUUUUGUUUCGUUGCGUCAAAAGCAAAGACAAAGCACUUUAGCGAUUGUUGUAAAGGGAGUCGAGAAAUUUAUUGACAAAAUUUACGAAGCGCGUCAGGAGAUUUUGCGUCUCAGCACGCCGCUCAUAAAAGCGACAAUACCCGAUAAUUAUUUGGCACCGAGAGAUAAAGACCUAAAUACUGACCAUCUUAUUAUGCUCACGGCGCUGCUGUCCGGUUUUCCUGACAGCCCAAAGUCGCCCGGCUUGCUAACGACACAGCUGCAGAUGUCACCAUAUGGUAGCAGUGGUCAUAUAAAUAACAACAACAAUAACAACAAUUUAAUGUUGAACAAUAACCAAAGUGAUGGCAACAACAACAUGAAACCAUAUCCACCAGGAUUCGGUGCUUGUUCACCGCCUAAUGUCUGUCCGCCCACGCAAAAAUAUGUGACAAUGCACAACAACAGUUUCACUCGGCCGCAACCGAACCAAAACAACAACUACUUACAAAUUACUCCACCGAACGGUGCCCAUCAACGCGCUCAGCAAACCGCAUUAAGCCAUCAGCAACAGAUAUCGCCAAGAAAUAGUUGCCAUAACACCAGCGGAUAUCAGAGUUUCAGUAGCAGUACAAACUCAUUGGAACAGGUCUAUCCACCAUACUGCGGCAGAGCUAACGGUGGCGGAGGUGGUGGUAAUCGGUUGAUGGUGCCAAAUGGCGAGAUGGGCACACGUGGUCAGUACUCGCCUGACUCGACCUACAACAGUGAAGCUAGUUAUGGUCGUGUAGGUCGUCGUUCCAGCGACGGUGUGCUGUUGGGUUUAAAUGCCUCAAGCCUGCUUGGCGGCCCGUUAAUGCCGGGCAGUGCUGAAAGUUAUCGCAAUUUGCAUUAUGAUUUGAAACAUUUCGACUUUGAUAUGAAGCGUGCCAUGGGCUUCAAAGCUAUGGAGCGUCCACCGGUAAGUGGUGAAUUACGCACACCCACACCAAAUUGGGCUGGCAUGGCUUUGAGUCGCACCUCACCGGGCGUUUUAGAAAGUGCUGAUGAUAGUAUAUGGCCGCGCAACGUGCAUGGUAUGAACUUUAAUAAUUGCGCUGGUGGAAACGCAGCACCAAUAUCCCCGUAUGGCUUGGGUGUGACGGUGGGUUUGCUGGAUGCCACACCCACAAAUCGACGACUCAAAUUGUCCCAACAUAAAGACAUACAUACGCUAUUGACAAGCCUUGGCUUGGAGCACUACAUAAAAACAUUUAUAACAAACGAAAUCGACCUCGAAAUGUUUACAACUUUGAAUGAAGAUAAUUUAUUGGAAUUGGGUAUAAGUGCUUUUGGUGCACGUCGUAAGCUGCUCUUGGCUAUCAGCACUUUGCAAAGUAAUGAUGCCAAUACUACUGGAAUGCCGGUUGUUCCAGGACCACCAUCAUCAAGCAAUGUAUCACCACGUUUUUCAGGCUCAGCUGCACCAGGUGCCGAACGACGUCCUUCGAAUCAGUGGUAGAGGAAUUUUGAAUUCCGAAAUGUCACAAAAAUAAAAAAAAUGAUCAACAUAGAAAAAGCAUAUGAAAAUCUCCACGAAUGUCUUACUAUAGCUUAGACAUAGUUUAUAAUAGGAGUAUUGUAUUUAUUUUAUAUGCGAAAUUUAUAACCUAAUUUAUAUAGAGAUAAGUUUGCAUGCUGAUUUGUAGUAUUCUAUAAGUUUGUUUACAUUAUUUAUCAAACACUACAUUAUGAACCAUUAAAACAGAGACGGCUUUAAAAUACCUUAACGUCCAAAGAAGAGGCAAAUAUCACUAACAAAACAAACAAAAUACGCUCCACAUCAAAGAUAUUUCGAAUGUGUGGUGAGGAAAAUAUACAGAUCCAAUGCGAAAUGGCGUACGAGUGCAAUUGAUUCGUUGACUUUUCAACCAUAAACUUAACUGCAUGACAUUUAAGCAUCCUUUCCAUCUCAUAUAAACAUCAGUGAAAGGAUUCUUCUUGACUUAUACUCGUAUUUGUAGGCAGAACAAAUUGAAAGCUAUGAAUCAAACUCGCCCAACGCUUGCUAAUGUUCAUUUCGCUGAAAAUGUAUACAGCUGCGCUGUUGUGACGUAAUUGAAGAUGUCUUAUGUUACAUAAAUUAUAUAUUUCAUACACUUCUUCUUGUGUUUAAUAUUUUGUAAUUUUUUAUUAGUCUGAAAAUCGAAUAUUACAGCACCGUAAAAAAAAAUUUAUAUGAAAAUUAAAUCUUAAAAUAGUUUGUAGUAUUUAAAAAAUUGAUUGUAAUGAAAAUUUUGCAUGCCUAAAUUGUGUAUUGUUUUAGUAGUAACUAAUUAUGAAAUGAAAAAAAAAAAAAAAACACAAAAAAAUCCCUAUUAAAGCUAUAACAAAUAUGAAUU